UAUGACUUAUAAAAGUUAUUCUUAGAUGAUACCAUAAAGAAGUUUUUAGAAAUGUAAGCUAGAUCCUAAAUCUUUGCUUACUAGGAGACAAUAUGACAAUACUAAAUGAGUUUUGGUACAAUAAGAUAAGUGAAUAGGU